AUGGCUGAAGAUUCGAAAUUCAUCAGGGAGAUUGCCACAGCCGCUAUAGACAUAACCAAGCUGCCGCACAACGUUGGCAAAUACAAUGGACUGACAGAUCCAGAUGAUCAUCUCCAGGUUUUCAAAGGCGCAGGAGCAACAUGUGGGUGGAACCUACCAACUUGGUGUCACCUGUUCGCACAAACGUUCGUGGGCGCAGCGCACGUCUGGUUCGACAGCUUACCAGCAGGAAAAAUUAAAUCAUGGGUCGACUUCAGAGAGAAGUUCCUGGUAUACUUCUCUCAACAGCGGAGGCACGCCAGGGACCCAGCAGAUUGUCUAAACAUAUGGCGUCGAGACCACGAAAGCGUGGAAGAUUUUAUCACAAGAUAUAACAAGGAAUGUUUGGAGAUUGGAGAUGUGGGAGAAAAAGUGAUGUGCGCACAUUUCAUGAUGGCAGUCAAGUGUGAUGAUCUAAUCAAGCGCGUGAAAGGAAGAGACGGAGGACCCAAAGAUUGGGAAACCUUCAUUGAAGCCGCCAAAACAAUAGCACAGACAGACAAACAGUUGACCGGUGAUGACCACCGUCAACACGCACAUAACUAUAAUGACCGACAUGGUCGAAAAGGCAGCGGCCAGUCAUGGAGGCCUUCCAGUCAUAGAGAAAGAAGCCCACCAAGAGAAGAUGCGCGACACACAAUCAAUCAGAUAGCACACCGAAAAGAAGUAAAGAAGGAAAACAGAGAGAAGCAGUGGACGCCAUUAACAAAGACCCCUUCGGAGGUCUUCGCCACAGAAAAUCACCAAUUUAAACCACCCCUGCAGAUGCGCAACAAAAGGGGUCAAGAUCCCAAUCUCUACUAUGAAUUCCACAAGGAUACAGGACACCUAACCGAUGACUGUUUUAGCUUGAAGCAAGAAAUUGAAAGGGCCCUAAGAGAUGGAAAGCUCACUCACCUGGUCAAGGGCAGAAAGCGCGACUACCGCCAAAUCCAAAGGAGAGACGAAGGGCCAGAUAACAAAAAACUCAAGAAGUUAGAAACCCACAUGGAGCAGGGAGGUCCACGAAGACCAAAGAAAAAUUACAACAAGCGCACACAAGAUGAUUCAUGGCGCGAGAAGCAAGUCAUCUUCCCAGUUGUUAGAGGAGGCCCAAGGGAAGAACGACCAAUAGUUAUUCCAGGAGUGAUUGGUCAUUAUCAAACAGACUACAUCUUCAUCGAUCCGGGGAGCACCGCGGAUAUCAUAUACGAACAAUGCUUCAAUCAAUUUGACCAGGAGGACAAGGCGCGCUUGGAGCCAGUAGACUACCCAUUAACUGGUUUCUGCAACGAGGCCGUCUUUCCCCUGAGACAGAUAUCAUUCCCUGUGUUACUUUCGGACGGACGAAAUUCAAGAACAGAAGAAGUCACGUUCAUGGUGCUACCUGCACACUCAAGACACGACAUCCUCCUAGGAAGAGAAUCCCAGGGAGACUUCAGUAUGAUUUGCUCUGCACCACAUUCGCCCGUCGGAUUCCCAACGGAAACAGGCAUCGCACUGAUAUACGCAAGUAAGGAAGUCUUAGCAACAGAUGAAAUAAGGCCUACAAAAGCAAGUAAACCAGCGCCACGCGCAGAGGCAGAAAAAUGGGUGUUGAACAGCGCUCACCCAGAAUAA